UGUAGGAGUGCAAUCAGUCAGUUAAAACUGAAUUAAUAAUUGCACGACGACGGAAGGAAAAUCUAUUCUUCUCGAUCAUUUAUCUAAAUGGUGAUAAAAAUGUAUUUCUAAUAGUUCAAUGUAGAAUACAUUACCAAAAGUGUUGAAGAUUACUGGAUAUUACAAAGUAAAAUCUAAAUGUUGCAAAUAUAUAUAAGCGCCGGUUCAAAUAAAGUCAGAAACAAAUAACUUCGUCACUUCGACAAGAUACAUCAAAGAACAUCAGACGUAUAUCAGUGUAUUCCUUAAGUUUAGAGGAUGGCAAAAUUUCAACGCGAUCUAGGCAUUGCGCUAAUACUUUGGUUCGGUUUACUUACAUUAGGAACAUGUCGUGUAAUACAAUCAGAAGGCACGAAAUUAAGAUUAGUAAGCGCGCUUUUCAGACAUGGCGAUCGUACAGUAGACAUUGCAAAUAAUGAAUCUUAUCCAAAUGAUCCAUAUAAAGAUAAAGACUAUUAUCCAGAUGGCUUCUCUCAAUUAACUCUUACGGGCAAGAAGAGAGCGUAUCAAUUAGGACAGAUACUAAGAAACAGGUAUGACAGUUUUCUCGGCGAUGUGUACUAUCAACAAAAUGUCUACGCACAAAGCACAAAGAUAGCUAGGACCAAGGCAUCCUUACAGUUAGUUCACGCAGGACUUUAUCCACCUGCUGAAAUACAAAUUUGGAAUCCGCUUCUACCUUGGCAACCAAUGGAUUUCACGUACACUAAUAUGGAGGAUGAUAAUCUAUUUUUUUCUAUUAUGUGCCCCGUAUUUAAACGAUCUUAUCAAAACAUGUAUCAAAAUGAUCUAACAGUAAAGACAAAAGUAGCGAAGUUUGAUAAUUUAAUGAAACGACUAUCGAUCUAUACAGGAAAAAAUAUUACCACACUUUUCGAUAUUUUCCUUUUAUAUGGUACUUUGACUGCACAAUCAGCUUAUGGACUAUGUUUACCAGAAUGGACGAAUAGCAUAUUUCCAAAUGGCGAACUUUUAGAUGCCUUAGUCUUACAACUUGAUCUACUUAGCUACGGUCCGUUAAACAGACUUAAUGGAGGUGUAUUAUUACGCACAAUAAUUAACGAUAUGGACAAAAUAAUCAAUGGAACUUUAAAAGAUCGAAGAAUCAAUCUUUUUUCUGCACACGAUUUGAAUGUAAGCGCAAUGUUGCAUGCUCUAAAUAUAUUCGAUUUCCGUCCUCCAGAAUACACGAGCAGUAUUAUCAUAGAAUUGCAUGAAAAGAAUCGCGAGUUCUUUGUCAAAGUGGUAUAUUAUUUAGGCAAUCCACCAAAAAUAAUAGAAAAAAUCAUUCCCGGUUGCGAAUUAUUAUGCCCAUAUAAGAAAUUCAUUCAAUUAACAUCAGCAUCAACUGCGACGAACGAAGAAUUGAAAUGCCCAGAAAAAAUAACCGGUAGUUUAGAUUUUUGACGAUUUGACUUUUGAUUGUUUUUAUUCUAACUUUUUAUGAUAUAACAAUUCAUAUUUUAGACUUGACAAAAUGUUUUUGAGAGACAUUUAGAAUUUUUAGAAUUUUUUUUUUUUUAAUUAUUUAUAUGUAUAUAUAUAUAGUAAUCUUCUCUCUUUUUUACAAAAAAAAAUAUUUAAUUUUUACAAAUUUAAAAGAGAAGUUAAACUUUGAAUUCAGAUUAUUGGAAAAAUCGCGUAUUUAUUUUUAGCUUCUCAUUAUUAACGAUUUAAUCUUAUUUGGACCAAAUGGUUUAUUAAAAAAAAAAUAAAAUUAGAAUAUUUUUAUAAUAUUUUUAAUUUUACACGACGCAUAAGAAAUAUUGCGAGAAUGCCAUCCCUGUCCGGUGAGAGAGCGGAAAAUUUUAUUACACUUUCCUCGUUAUUAUCCGGUAUCUCGUACCGUUGAAAACUAGAUGCCCAUACGAUCGCGGAAAGUUAAGUUCGUUAAGUAUGCCCAGAGCCGUGUCUUAUCGAAGACACGGAGCUCAGAUCCUCCGCCUACCGUGCCGUAGCAUAACAAUUACCCUAUUAUUUCGCACACUCUCUCGGGGCAAUUCGCCAUUGGGCCUAUACACCGCAUAUUUCCGUUUCGCGAUACACUCUCAACUUCUAUUAAGGUUAAAUCUUUCGACCGUCGCGUAAGCAGAUAUCAACGCUAAAGUUUAAUUUAUCCGUCUAUAUUAUUAUCACUUACAGAAAGAGAGAGAGAGAUGAAUAUUUAUUAAUUUAUUUUUUAUUACAUGCAAAUCAAUUUUUCAUAAAGUAUAUUUAACAUAGUAUAAUAAUAUGUAUAUUUAUUACUAGAAAAAGAUUUCUUUCAAAAAAAAAAAAAGAUUCUCUGUAUAAUUUAUCAUAUAUUAUGCAAUAAAAUAAAAUAAAAAAAUAAUAAAGCAAAAAUAUUUUUUACUGAAA